AUCUAGUGUAUAGCUUUAUCAGAAAGGAGUUACCUUUGAUAUUCGUUUUCCGGUAAUAUAAUGUUAUGAUUAGUUGUACAGACGUAAUAACAGUAGACAAAAACAUAGAUAAAGGGCGGAACUUUAACGCACGGCAAUUGUUGUUUCCUGGCAGUUGGCAAAUAACGACACACCUUCAGUUCCCAGCCCGCUCGAAAUAAAGAUAAGACGGCGGCGGCGGCGGCGGCGGCAGCGGCAGCGGCAGUGUGUAUUUGUACGGAACAGGCUCAAGCAAUGAAGCCAGUGUGUGUAUUACGGAUGCCUCGUGGUCCAGAUGGCAGCAGUCGUGGGUUUGAUCCCACUUCGGAACGUUACCUGGCACUUUGUCCUACCACUAUCUCAUCCUCAGAUUCUGCAGUGGACUCAGCAACAUUCGUUGAAGAGCAGAAGGCACGUACAGUUCUAAGAGAGCGGUACAUACGCAGCCUUCUGGCCAUGGUGAAAAAAGAUGUUCACUUCACCAUGUAUGAAAGAGUCAAAGUAAAUGCAGUGUUUGGUGCCUCUGACAUAGAUAUCCUCAACUUUCAAGUGUCUGAUUUGCAGACACCACUAGGAGUUCAGAAGGAAGCUUUGAUCAGGUGUCCUGAUAUAAUUUCUUACUCGUUCAGCAUAGAUGCUGGUUUGAAAGAUUGACAGUUCAGCAUGAACUCAAAGCUGAAAAGUCUCCAGUCCAGUUACUUAAUAAGAUUAAGUUUACCUGAGACUUUCAUUUCUGUUCUUAUUUGUUAAAGUGACAAGUUCAACAGUAUUGUCUUUUCAUUUUUUUAAACUUUGCAAUACUGUUGUAUAUAAUACUUUAUUUUUAUACUGUAUUAGUACUGGACUAGUUAAAUAUGUUAAACAUUUUGAUUUGAAUUAUUACUGUGAAUUGAUAAUGCAGUGUCUGAAGUGCUUAACUUAUUUGUAUGCAAGAUAUAGUUUUUCCUAAAGGAUGCUUAAAUUUGCCUCUGUAUAUUCUUGUUUUAAGGAGGUUUGAAAAUGUAACUGCAGUUUUUGAUGUUGUGCUCUUCACAGAGGUCGAGCUCUGAAUGCUGCUCUGACUAGCAAACUCCAAAACGGUUUGAUACGUUAUAUUUAGUUAGCUGAUGCUUUAACUUAAAGCAAUUACACCACCUUGGCAGACAACAAUAAUGUGAGUGCCCGUACUUCUAUAUUGGGAGCACUGGAAGAUGCAUUGAUUCGUUAACCAUCACACGGUGACAUUUUUUAUCUGAAGUUUGACUCACCGCUUAUUAGGCUAUAAUCUGGUGCCUUAUCCAAUUUGGUCACAUUGGCUGCAACCGAUACAGAAAGGGAGUCAUAUAUUAAAUGCUGUUUGCGUGUUGAGCCAUUCCAAAGGUUUUUUGGUGGAAUAAGUUCUGAAGAUGGAAAGGAUUUGGGGCCUUAGGAUCAUUAUGUAGUAUAAACCCUGUUGGACAUUGUAAUUGAGUUAUUUUACCAUUUUGAACUUACUAGUCCUUAAAAACUACAUAUAAUGGGCAUAAGAUGGGACCACCAAUAUGUUGUCAUUUAAUAGUGUUUUCAGUCAUCAUGUUCUUUCAUAACAGCUUAUAUACCUCAUGCCAGUGUCUGGAAUUCUGCAGGAUAGAUGCAUUGCCAGUCAGUUUAUGCCUUUUUGAUAAGUUGAAGGACACAGCUGCAGAUAUUAUUCCAGAAUCUACUAUAAAUACUUGACAGAAUAUAGAUUUUCUAUGUAAGAAAACUGAGUAACAAAGUGCAUGGACUGGGUUGUAUCUUGGAAAACUUCACACUCGAAGGGAAGGAACGAGGUGGUGAAGCAUGGGGUGAAGGUGAUCACACAAAGCAAUAAAGAUGAAAUUUCUAAUU